CUAUCUAGUGCACUUCAUUUACAAAGUCUAGCCGUUUGACAUACGGCUUCUGAUUGACCGUGCGCGCGCUACGUUGCCAUGGUGAUAUCGGGUUAUAAAGCGUUCACGCGUUCCAGGCAACAGAGCAAAGCAGUGAGGAGUUUACAGAGCGGAGUGUAAUGGACACCAGUAGCGGUCUGGAUCAUGAUCCUGUUCAUCCUCAGCUUGUAGACACACACAACUGUAAGAAUGCACCACUUCCUCCUGUUCUGCAGAGACGAGCUCCUCGAACCCCACAAUACAUCACCUCCUACAUGGAGCAUGACCCCAAACCUGUAAAUGAUGUAUUGAGAAACGUCAGUUAUUCGAAAGCAGCUCCACACUGGCGCACGCAUUAUCUGAGUGAUCUGGCUAAGAAGCUGCGAGACAGCCGAUCAGUCAGACUCGUGUCUGCGCCGCCUGUCAGUGAGAUGAAGGAUCAGUACAGGGUACGAUCAGCUCCAUACCAGCCUCUGGAGCCUCACUACAGGACGCCGCAGACACUGCACGGACAACUCCAUCAGCCUUCGGGUCUGCAGCCCGAAGAGCCGGCAAUCAGCACAACACACGCAGACUACAGGCGCUUCAGCAGGUCUGAAUUGGAUCUUCUCUCCGGCACAGAUGAUUCGCCCACCCAUAAACACCUCACCAAAAGUGACACACUGCCCCGCCUCCAGGCUCUCGAGGCCCCGCCCAGCACAUCCUCUCAGCUCCAGUUGCACCGUCCACCCGUACCGGUGCCCCACGGAGGCAGAAGCAGCUUGUACAUGGAUAGUAUUGGUUUACCUGCAUCUCUACCCAUGUCCUGUACCACCUCCAUGGUUGCCCUUGCUGGGACAAAUCAUAAAGGGGAGAGCGAGCGGAGCUUACUGGAGCACGUCCUGGACGUGCCCGAGAUGUACGGCACAGAGAACCAGACGUAUGGGAAAGGAAAGAUUGUGCUUGUGUGAGAUAGAGAGAGAGACCACACAGCAUUCAUUAUUCACCAGAUCUAGCCAUUUUUGUCCAGUCGCUUAAUAAUGGAUGUUUAGCCCAGUUUGAUUUAAAAAUCAUUGAUUUUUAUUCAAAGCCAAAUGGGUCCUUUGGUAAAUAUGUGUAUAUAUAUAAUUGUUUUAUUGUUUAUUUGAUCAUAAGAAAAAAGCAAAUAAAUGCUUGUGUUUGAGAGAAA